AACCGGAAACUAAAAAAAACGAAAGUGAACCUGAAGCUGUUGUGACUUUUCUCAUACUACAGUCUACGGCUGUGACAGCGGCGAUGUUUGUCUUCUGACACAGGAGGAGCAGAUUCAUUCUGUAAAAUAUACAAAACGUUCGACUUCUUUUCUCUUAGUUAACCGGCCGAUGUUGAGACCUUUAGUUGUCUUCAGACCUUCACGUAGUUUACUGACAGUGUGAAGUGUGUGCUAUGUGUGAAAGGAUCUUCAGUGUUUUUUCAAAUUGUAGAAUGAGAGACUACUUUGGAAUGAGAGGGCUCACCAACUACCACCUGUCCUGCUGUGUCAACACUUUGCUGCAGACCUUCUCUGCUACCUGGGAAGUAGGAGAUCUACUAGACAAGUGGGAAACAGCUAGUGUGAGAGCGGACUGCGUCCCCCUGCAGCUAAAGAACGUUCUCGCGGCCAUGAGGAAUGACCAUCAGUUCGUUCCUCAUCGUGCCUUUCUCCACUCUCUGGACAAGAACUCUGUUCAACUUAAUACACAGCAUGAUGCUGAUGAGGUCUUUCUCUCCAUCCUGAACUUCAUGCAACUGCAGAUGGAUGACAAACCUCUGGCUCUUGAAAUCCAGAAUCUGUACAAGAUUUCUGUGGAGACGUACCUGCAGUGUUUAGAGUGUACCUCCGUCCAGACUCUGACCAGCUACCUGCUCGGCCUGCCUCUGCAUGUGAAGGAAGAUCACGAUUCUCUGGAAGACUGCAUGACCUCCUUCUUUGAGUAUCAGGAGCUAAAGGGCAUUAAUUGCUGCUUUUGUGCAGAAUGUGGAAAGAAGACUCCAUCUAAACAGGGUGUCAAACUGCUAUCCCUACCUCGGAUCUUGUGUGUGAACCUGAAAAGGUAUCGGAAUGGCCGUGGUUUCACCCGAAAACUUGAUUGCAGGGUUACCUUUCCAGAAACCUUUGACUGUUCUGAGACUCCUAAUGAAGCAAUAUCUGCAGACUUUGUCCAGGAUGAGUUUAGGUACACAUUGCAUGCAGUGGUAGUGCACUCUGGAAAUGCAAUGUGUGGGCACUAUACUGCCUACGUUCGUAACAGGAGGAACCAGGGCUGGUACUACGCAGAUGACAGCCACGUAAAACCGUCCUCUUGGGAAGAAGUGCAGACAACAUAUGGAGGAGAGAACAGAGGCACAGCAUACAUGUUGAUGUACAGAAGAGGUCAGAAAGAGGAGGUACAACAACCUGAACUUUCUGGCUGAGUAGAUGGAUGCAGAUGAAUUAUACCUGGGGUCAUGGUGCAAUAUUGGAAACUAUUGGAAUUUCAUGGAAUUUAAACACUUAUUUGCUUUAAAUAAUGUAUUGAUAUUUUAGAUGUUACUGUACAUGGUGAAUGGUCUUAUAUUUAAUGAUUUUUCCGAGCUCAUUCAGAUUGGACCUCAGUAAUUUCUGCCAAACACCAGCAGGUGGCGUUGCAGACUCAACACACUGACAGGUUUUCCACCCUCAGACCACACACAAUGUGAACACACUGUAUGAAACUAGGGGGGUUGGUUUGGAAAGAAUGCUUAGCUUAGAUAUUUACUGUUUGGGGGGGGGGGGGGGGAAAUAACUCCUAUUGGAGGUGGUGUUCAUUUCCCUGACACUGCUGUGUAAUAUAUGAGUCACUCAUGAAGAACAAUUGAGUCAUUUCUUUUAUUAUUCGGGCUGCCAAAAACAGCAUUAAAAUCUUCUUCAGCAUCUCACUCUUA